AUGCCCUCGUCUUCUCCCCCGCCAGCAACGCCCAUUGUCCGCCGCCCCGUCUCUCUCGACGAGUCCGACUCGGACGGCCCUUACGCGACCCAGCAGCAGCAACAACAGCGACGCGCUCCCCUGCCCGCCUCGGUCCUCUCGCCCUCGUCGCUCAAGUCGCCCACAUCUACAACAGAGUCGCGCACUGCUGGCCAGCUCCCUGCCCACAACUAUUCACGUCCCGCCAUUACGCGCGAUGCUGCCCCGAGCCAGCCUCACGCUGCCAGCGCGCACCUAGGCCACCGGCCACGCCAGCGGUCCCAGGGCUACUUCGAGCCCAGCCUGAGCUCCAUGAAGGAGAGCCCGCUCACUGCCUCGCAGAUCGCCGCCCAAGCCGCAUACGCCCAGAAUCCCCAGCAUUACCGCAAGCGCUCCACCACCAUCCCCGCCUCCUCAGACGCCGCGCCCACGGAACGCUCUCAGCCCCAGAGUCCCCCGGCCGCCCCUGCCCAGGGCAUGACCUUCCGCACCAAUGGCGUCACUUAUCCAAACCCUGUCGCCGCAAGUAGAAUGACGGCCACCACGGCCGCGAAUGCUGCCUUUCCACGAAGCCCGCUGAACUCUCCUGGGGUCGAGGGUUCCCAGGCCCAGGCCCAGGCUCAGGCCCAUGCCUCGCCCAAGCCCGCGUCAACACCAGAUCUGUCCUCGCAGAAGCCAAAGGAAGGCAAGAGCAAGAUGAAGCUGUUUUCUUCCAAGCCCAAGAACAUCAAGGUCGACAAUCGCGGAGAGAGCAAGCACCAGGCCCUACCUUCGCCUGGCAAGAUUGGCAUUGGCAUUCACAGCUCCCAGGCCCUGAACCGCAUGAUGAUGGCCGGCUCAACGACGAGUCUGAUCGACUCGUCCACAACCAGUGCCAAUGCUUCACUCUACUCUUCGGCCAACGCGUCCACAUCCACUCUUGUUCCUCCGCGAAACGACUCCUUGCCUGAACGAAAAGAGGAAAAGCACAAGCAUCAUUUCUUGUCGCGGCAAAAACAUAAGCUGAAAGAUGGAGAUAGCUUUGCUCUUCCUCUCUCGUCAGCCAGCAGUAAUUCCAAGCCCACUAACCCAAGUGCGCCCGAACCCCUGUAUUCAUUCGCAGCGCCCUCAUCGCCAGGACACUCGAGUACAUUUGCGAGUUCGGUCACGGGCUUGGAUCUAAGGCACGGCGGACGUCACUUGCGACGGGCAAAGAAGGAAGAAAAGGCGGCGGCAUUUUUGGAUGCGCAGUUGGAGCCGCCGCAUAGAGAGCGCAACCAGUCUUUCAGCAUAGAAAGAUCCGAGUGGCCAUUGCUAGCAGGCACCAUAACGACGACAUCAAAUCUCUCUACCCCUGGACAGGCCCUAUCACAUACAUCGGAAAUGUCUCAUUUGGGGAGCGCAUUUGGUAUACACGGUUUGUCGCCGGACGAUGCGUGGCCGUUGUUGAAAGCAAGGGUGUUGUUGAUAUUUGAAGGCGAAGACCCGCGGCCUCCUGUUGAAGAUUUCAACGCUCUAGUCACUGUUCACAUUAAGCGCUGUAUCCACAAGCGCUCUCCUAUUAUUCUUAUUGAAGAUCUCAAUGAGCUUCUUCAAACUGGCUUUGGCUCAUUGGACCAAACCCUGCGACAUGUUCCUGAUGACAGGUUGAUUCCGCAUCUCGUUGAGAUGUGGCUUGUUGUAUUCACCACCAUACUACCUUUUCUCCAGGCUGUUUUUCUCCCUCUGGACAUGGAGUUUAGAGGCUCUGGCAUCAUGACAUCGGCCCAAGCGGCCGAAUUCUGGGGCGUCAUGCUCCCUGACGAAAUGAACACCAAGAGCCCAAAUCAUAAGAAUAUACCCAUACUCGGCGAACUCGAAGUCCGCCGCAUGACCCUUCUCAUGUUCCGCGAUAUCGUCAUUCUACCGCGCUAUGAAGCGCUCAUGGCAAUCUUUUCACGACUCUCGCUGGAAAACCUAAACGCAGGUCUCGAGUCGCCCUCACCUAUACCCCACGAUACCCGUCCUGGCACCGCCGGAAGCGCAAACGAUGUACAACUGAGUAGUCUCAACUCUACUAGCCAGAGUAGUGGCGGUUACCUCGAAUCAACCACAAGCAUCACUUCCUCAACCUUUGCCAGCACCCGCUCCCGCGCAACAUCCAACACAUCCGCCGGCUCCUUUUCCUCGAAUCCCUCACAACAUCCCCCGACAGUCGCCCACUUGUAUCCCCCGCCUACCUCGCACACCCAAAACAUGCCCCCAGCUGCGCUCCGUCAACAGCCCAUGGACAGCACUAAAGUUACCGAGACAGUGGGCCGCAUGCUUCAAUGCGUCUCUGUACUCGUCAGUCUGCAGAGUAGCGAUGAUGCGCAGGAAAAGAUUGGGCGGCUGAAUAAAGAACUCAAGUAUAAUUGGCUGGGUAGAGGUCGUACGGGUCGACAGAGACAAGGGUUUGUGGGGCCGAGGAGUAGAGGCGGAGGUCUGAAUUUAGCGGCAGGGGGUGUUAGUAUCCCUGGUGUUGGGGCUUGA